GGCCCCAGGUCCCCUUCACCCCACAGAUUCAAGGGAGGCCCCAGGUCCCCUUCACCACACAGAAUCAAGGGAGGCCCCAGGUCAGAUACCAUCCACAGAAUCAAGGGAGGCCUCAGGCCCCCUUCAACCAGCAGAAUCAAGGGAGGCCCCAGGUCCCCUUCACCCCACAGAUUGAAGGGAGGCCCCAGGUCCCCUUCACCCCACAGAUUGAAGGGAGGCCCCAGGUCCUCUUCACCCCACAGAUUGAAGGGAGGCCCCAGGUCAGAUACCAUCCACAGGACCAAGGGAGGCCAUGUGCCCCCUUCACCCUGCAAGGCCAAGUGAGGCCUCAAGGCCCCUGCAUCCCAAAGGACAAAUUGCAGGAGCUGAAUGAUUUGUUGACGGAGGAGCGUUCCAAAAGCUGUUCUGAGUAUCGGAUGAGGAUGCAGCUCACCAAAGAACUGGACGAUGCCAAACAACAGCUGGCUCGUGAGAAGACCCUGAAAGAAAUGUAUAUAAACAAAGAGAAGGACACACGGAAAGAGCUGGAAAGACUGAAGAGAGUCAGCGAACCAGAGACCAUGACCAACAUGAAGAUCGCCACUCUGGUUCGAGAAACUCUCAAAACCAAAAAGAAGAAGGAGCUUCUAAACGAGUAUGAGGAGCUCAGGGUGAAUCACAUCAUUAGCCAGGACAAGUUCUCAGCAGAGCUCGGUGUUGAGAAAGCGAAAAACGAAGCUCUUUUGAAAGAACUUGAGCAGCUGAAAGUUCAGGUUGAGCAGAUAAACCUGAACUGUGAAGCUCCGCUCAAGGAUGAAAAAGAGGCCUCCACCAACCAGGAGCUCAUCACGCAGCUCCAGACUGAGACAGAGGUCAACAAAAACCUUCGAAUUGAAGUCACCCAGCUUAAAGAACAUUGCCGGGACAAGUCUAGGGAGAACAAGGCUUUCGAAAAGCAACUGGAGGACCUGAAGGCUCAGCUGCAAACUGCUGAAACUCUCAGCAGUCGUCUGGAGGAGAAGGUGACGCAGCUUACCACCGAACUUGAGUCUCUCCAGGAACAGGUGAAGGAAAAAGAGCUCCUUCAGGAGAAGAACAGCAUCCUGCAGGACAAAGUGAGGGAGCUCAAAGAGGCACACACAAUCAACCAAGAGAUCUACUCAGCAGAGAUCCAGGUUGAAAAGGACACAAAUCAAGCUCUUCAGCAAGAGCUUGAAGACCUAAAGGAGAAAGACACUCUGCUCCAACAGAGACAGGAGGAGAUCCAAACCCUGAAGGAAAAUGCUUUUCAAAAAGAGAAGUCAUUUUUCAAAGAGUUGGCGGAUCUGAAAGACAACCAGGCCUCCGCCAACCAAGAGCUUGUCACUAAGCUCAAGACUGAGGCGGAGGUCAAUAAGAACCUCCAAAUUGAACUCGCCAGGCUCAGAAAGGAGCACCAGGACAAGACCAGAGAGCAGGAGAGGGAGAAGGAGGCUCUGAAAAAACAGGUGGAGGACCUGAAAGAAAAACAGGCCUCCAACCAGGAACUUGUCACAAGGCUCCAGAAUGAGACAGAGAACCUUCAAACUGAACUGACCUCACUCAAAGAACAACACCAGGACAUGACCAGGGACCAUCAGACGGAGUCCCCCAAUGAUUCAGACAAUAUUGAGGUGAUGGAGGAAACUGAAGUGUCUGAACAGAGGAUUGAGGAGCAAAAGAAAAAUCCUUCACUCUGGAAAAGAUUCAGACACCGUAUUGGCUUGAGGAAGAAGAAGAAGAAGACGGAGAAGAAGCUGGAGGAGGAGGAGUCAUAAUCCACCUGAGACUCCU